UAAGAAAUUUAUACAGUUCGUUUCACAUUAAAUACGAAGUACAAAUUUAUAUUUUUAAGAUUAAAACACAAACGAGUAUAAUUAUUUAUGCGUACUUGAAAGUGAAAAUUUUCAAACUAUGACUUGUAAACAGUACAUGGACUAUCUGCUAAUAGGCCUGGUAGAAAUAUGUCAUUUUUUCGAAACAGUAUUUUCUCCAGAAAACUGUGCCCACUACGUGCCUCUGGUAUAUUCAACCGCUUUUGUGAUGGGAGUUCAAUUGAUUUGUAAUCGUGUUCUUGGUAUUUGGCUCAGUAGAUGUUCUAAUUCUAAGUUUGGAGCACUAAUAGUUUUUCUAAUAAAACUCUGGAUCGGUUUUUUUGUGUCCGAAUGCACUUUUGCUGUACUUUGUUCUUAUUGUACUAACGAAUUUAUUUUUAUUCCCACAACUGAUGUACAAAAAUAUCCUACACUUUUUGGAUCUUUGUUGAUUUGUGUGGUAUUCAUGUGCGGAAUAUAUGCCACUAAACCUAUCAAAGAAAAAAUUAUCGAAAGUGUGAAAUGUUUCAUCAAUUUCAUAAAACAUCAGAACACAGAUCCUCACAAUUUAAGUGCAAUCCAGUCCAUUUUUAUUCGUUCAGUGAAAUCUCUACAUCGUAUGUGUACGCGUUCGGAUGAUAAUCGAAGUGAUGACCCAAGUCAUUCAGAGACAGAUGAUUCUGAAAUAGAUGAAUUGAUGACUGAAUAAUCGAAAGUGUUGAAGUAUUUUUUUUCGAUACGAAGCUAAAUCGAAAUCAUUAAUAAAUUUUAAUUUUUUUUUAUUUUAAAGAAUU